CUUACCAUUUUCCCGAAUUUCCUCCAUAAUAACUUUGGUGAAAUGUAGUUGUUUCUUGUUUUUGUCGUGUAGACACACAGAAGAAAAUACAGGGACAUGAAAAUUAAUAGCAACACUAUAAUAAUCGGAGAUAAGGUUGUGCUGGUUCCUUACGAAGAAAAGCAUAUACCGAGAUAUCAUGACUGGAUGAAGUCAGAAGACCUACAGAGAUUAACAGCUUCUGAACCUCUAUCUUUGGAAGAGGAAUAUGAAAUGCAAAAGAACUGGAGAAAUGAUGAUGACAAGUGCACAUUUAUUGUAAUAAACAAAGAGAAAUAUAACGGACCAGACACAGAGAUCGAUGCUAUGGUUGGUGAUGUCAACUUGUUUUUCGGUGAAGAGAGUGAAGGAGCAGGAGAAAUCAACAUGAUGAUAGCAGAUGAUAGCGUCCGUCGUAAGGGGUUCGGUACUGAGGCUUUGUUCCUGAUGAUCCGAUAUGGUUGUGAGCAUCUAAAUCUUCAACAGGUGCGUGCCAAGAUUGGUUUUGAUAACGAGGCCAGCAUUAAGAUGUUCACUAAACACGGAUUUAAAGAGGAAUCCAAGUCUGAUAUCUUUAAGGAGGUGACGUUGGUACUCCAUCUAGAAAGUGACGUCUUAACAAAAAUAACAGAGUUGACGGAAGGCUACCGAGAAGAGAAAUAUAAAUAAAAAACUUUUUUUUUCUUAAAAAAA